AUGACGAAGAACUAUUUCCCCAUUCCUUCGGUAGUUUCUAAUAGCACAAUCGAGAGAAAUACGAACCCAAAUAUGGCAGCAACCCAUCAAGAAUCCGCGAGGUCUCCAGCUUCUAUUUUAACCACUUCAGAAAUUCUCCAGUCCCAUGAGGAAGCUGUAGCUGAACGUAAGAGGCCUCAAGAUGGAGGAUUCCAUUUACCGUCUUUUCUCACAACAAUCGAGGCAAUCGGGUCUUCUGGCAGCAUUCGAGCCCAGAAGCUCGCUGCUAACCUCGCCAGCCUGGAGGCGGGUGUCAGCAACACAAAGAAUGCAACAAACAACACCAUUCUCGCCUCUGAUAGCAAGACUUUAGAAACGUUAUCUGCAAUCCCUUCCACCCAGCCCCGGUCAAAUGCAAAUGGCGGAUCUCAGAAAGUUGGCCAUUCAGAACCGGGGAUAUUGUCGUAUUCUAAAGCCGCGUUUGAUGCUACUUCUAGCUCCUCUCAUAAGCCAAAACACCCAGGUAGCGUUGUGUCAUCUAUCAUUUCCCAUGGAGAUGCAAAGUUCGAUGACCUCAAUACUCAAAUAAUUGCUUCCAUACGGCAAGCACAUCCCGGGGGGCGCUUAAUCCCACUCGACACUGAAAAUCUCGAUGUCUACGGGUUUUGCUUCACUGGUCAUGCUGAACUUCAGAUGCUUACAUCCGUAGUCGACGGGACAGGUAUCUCGAAUUACUUCUUUGCGCCACCACCCAAACGCGCGGCAUCUGGGGAAGUAAGUGGUAGAAUGGGCCAAAAACCACAAUACGAGGCUGGAGUCAUCACAUAUAAGAAAAUCAAAUGGACGAUAUACUUUGCAACAUGGUCGAAGGGUUUUAAUAUUUACCAACGAGGUUACGUUGUGCACGAUUUGGGUACUAAAGGGGAUGACAUCGUAGAACAAUUUGUUCUAGAGUGCGGUACAUGGACCUCCACACCUAAGGAGCAGAUCUGGGUAUUCGACCAGGGCUUCUGGCAACUCGAUGGGGCACUAUAUAAGUCAAUAAUGAAGGCAAAUUGGGCAGAUAUCAUUCUCCCCGAGGAUUUGAAAGAAGACGUUUUGAAUGAUGUCCUUGGUUUCUAUGCUGCUGAAGAAACGUACCGAGGACUAAGAAUUCCCUGGAAGAGAGGAGUCGUAUUUUAUGGUCCUCCAGGAAAUGGGAAAACAAUCACUCUCAAAGCCAUCAUGAAGGCGCUUUACACUCCCACGGAAUCGAUCCCUCCUCUCCCUAUUCCAUCUCUCUAUGUGAAGACACUCGCUGGAUGGGGACCACCCGAAUUCUCUAUCCGAUCCAUUUUUGAGAAAGCCCGUGAACAGUCACCAUGCUUCCUCAUCUGGGAAGACUUAGAUAGCAUCAUCGACGACUCAAACCGUAGUUUUUUCUUGAACGAGCUUGAUGGGUUGGAAGAUAACAAUGGUAUCCUUGUUAUCGGAACAACUAAUCAUCUCGAUAGAUUGGACCCUGGUAUCAUCAAACGCCCGAGCAGAUUCGAUAGGAAAUACCUAUUUGAUAAUCCUUCUGAUGAUGAGAGGGUUAAAUACGUUGAGUACUGGCGCCACAAGCUUGGGGACACUCCAAUUGAUUUCACGGACGAUCUAGUCAAGGAGCUUGCUGGUUUGAUGAAGGAUUUCUCAUUUGCUUACAUGAAGGAAGCUUUCGUAAGCACUCUUUUAAUCCUGGCUGGGCGUAGAAACAAUAAGGACGGAGGCGACGAGUGGGCCGCGAAAUUUCCAGAAGCAAUCAAAAAGCAAAUCAAACAGUUGAGAGAACAAUUGGAGGCUGAAUAA